CGGAUCUCCUGGAUGUGGUCGAGAAUGCUGGACAAAUGGGUGCUUCGAGUGCAGUGCCUUAUUUUAAUAAUUUUGGGCAUAUUUGCGACAGAUUCUGGAUCUAAAGACCCUUUCUCUCAACAACCUCGUCUCGUGGUGCAAGAUGGCAACCUCAUCCUUCAGAGUGCCUUCAACCGCAAUGUCAGCCUUGCCACGAGAGGUCAAGGCAGCAUCGUUGUCAACAAUGCGGAUCUGGGGAGUCUCGUUAGCUCGGCCCAGUCUGGCGGUACUUUAAUCAUCUUCUAUAAUACGUCUAGUAAAUCGAGUGACUGAUUUAACCAAUAAACUGCAAACGCUGAAUGAUUUGACAUUAAGAGUCAGCGCACUGGAGGAAAAUAUAACUGAUAUUGCAAGUAAGGUUGAUCAGUUUAUUGGAUCAGGACAAGAUGCAAUCUCCAAUAGAGGACUGAGGCGUAUUAUGUCAAAGGUCCGAACACUUGAAGAUAAAGUAAAUAGUUUGACUCAACUUUUAACAGUAAACGAAUGCAGCAGUAAUCCAUGCAGAAAUGGAGGAACAUGUAUGGACACAUACAAUGGAUACAUUUGCAAGUGCCCAUCAAAUUGGGAGGGAGUAACUUGUGAAACGGACGUUAACGAAUGUGCUAUUUAUGCUGGUACGAGUUUUGGUUGCCAGAAUGGGGCAACCUGCAUCAAUACGUAUGGCGGUUACAGCUGCCAGUGUGCCAGUAACUGGAACGGAAUUCAUUGCACCCAAAAAUUUGAUGACUGCAGCACGGCAUCGCACCAAGAACUGUGUGGACAUGGGACAUGCAUUGACGAAAAACGAGUUCAGCCUGGACAGCCGAAAUACCGCUGCAUCUGCGAUCCAGGUUGGCAAAGCUCUAGCAGCAGUCCUGCUUGCACGGAAGACAUCGAUGAAUGCAAUGGUCCUCAGAGGAGAUGCUCCCAGAAUCCCCUUGUUCUAUGUAUCAACUUGCCUGGAACUUUUCACUGUGGACCCUGCCCUGCAGGUUAUACUGGGGAUGGAUACAGUUGUGCAGAUAUUAACGAAUGUGAAGUAAAUAAUGGAGGUUGUUCAAUGCAACCUUUCGUCCAGUGCACUAACACAAUGGGGUCAAGACUAUGUGGACCUUGUCCGGCAGGGUAUGCUGGCAACGGAGUUUACUGUUCUUUUGUUGGUGUAUGUAGCAUAAAUAGAGGAGGUUGCCAUCCACUUGCAUCAUGUAUCGAAAAUACAGCAAUGACUGGCACCUACAGAGAAUGUCGUUGCCCGCCCGGCUACAUUGGAAGCGGUGAAGGUUUGCAAGGAUGCAUACAAGCUGCAGGAAUGAGUUGCGCAGAUAAUCCUUGCAGGCAUGGAACAUGCGAACUUGCUGGUCAGUCUUUCCGCUGUAUUUGCUUCGCGGGUUAUUACGGCACGCUCUGCGACCAAGAAGAAGAUCCUUGUCUCAGUCAUCCUUGCCAAAAUGGUGGUACGUGCAUCCGAAGACCAGGAAACUUCACUUGUAUUUGUUCGGAGGGGUAUGAAGGACCAACUUGUGCCAACAGCAAAUCAACAUGUGGUGGUUUUCUGACUGGAAACAACGGAACACUUCAGUUCCCUGAAAAUGGAGUACACUAUGAUCACAUGAUGAGCUGCGCUUGGAUUAUAUCAGUAGAUGAGGAUAAGGUUGUGAAUAUUACUUUUGAUCACUUCGAUUUGGAACCAGGACACAAUUGCGAAUUCGACUUUCUACAACUCAACGACGGUCCGAACGUUGGCUCUCGUGUGAUAGACCGUUUCUGUGCAGAGGAUUUGCACGGAGCAAACUUUUCCAGUACUCAUAAUGAACUCUACCUCUGGUUCCAGUCAGACAGUACAGUCGCCGCAACAGGAUUCUCUCUCAACUGGACAGCAAUUGAACCCGUUUGCGGAGGUGUUCUUCCAGUCGCAGAUUAUGGAUCCGUAAAUUCCCCAGGCUACCCUGCCUCAUAUCCUCGUAACAGGAAUUGCUCGUGGACUGUUAAGGUUCCCCCUGGAAAGAGGAUACAAUUCGUAUUUGCCACCUUGCAGUUAGAACAUCAUGAAAAUUGUUCGUAUGAUUAUCUCAAAAUAUAUGAUGGAGCCAGAUCGACUGAUCCCGAGAUAGGCACGUUCUGUAGUACUGUGACGCCCCCACCUCUAACCACAUCCGGUAGCACGGCCACAUUAGUUUUUCAUUCAGAUUAUAGUAAUGAAGGUACCGGAUUUCACAUUGCUUACACAUCAGUACCAGGUAUCCAAGGCUGUGGUGGAACUCUGACAGCCCCACAAGGUGUUAUCACUUCACCUAACUUCCCGGAUGUAUAUGAAAACAAUCUCAAUUGCGAAUGGCUCAUAAGAAUUCGCCCAGAAAACAGAAUACUGCUCACUUUCCAGGAAUUUAAUUUGGAAAGACAUUCAAGUUGCAGAUUUGAUCGUCUAGAGAUUUACGCAGGAUCUAACGAUGCAGCUCCCUUACUUUAUCGCCUUUGUGGCUCAACUAUUCCUGACGACAUCUUCACGGAUAGCAAUGUGCUUUUCAUCAGGUUCUAUACUGAUUCUUUCGUUAGUCACUCUGGAUUCAAAGCAAAAUACAAAACAA